GAAAAGGAGAUAAAAUCCAAACCAGAUGGACCGGCCCAUACACUAUUAAAGAGAGUAAUGGAAAAGGAGUCUACAUACUUGAAAACAAAAGACAGAAGGUAAACAUCAAGGACAUGAGGAAAUAUAGGCUUUCAUCAAAGGCUACAACAGAAGAAGAUCUCAAGAAACCAGCAAAAGAAAACAAAAGACAACCCCGAAAAUCAGCAGACCAAAAGGCAAAGCCAAAAAGACGAUUCUCAACAUUGCCUUCAGGGAAGAAAAUGAAGAAAGGAAGAACACCCUGUCCGAGGCCAAACAAAAACAAUAUUGUAGCUAGAAAGAAAGGCAUGGAAGACCAGGAGACAGUCACACCUGAACCAGAAGUGAGCAUCAAAGAUUAUGUCCACAAGCUUGAUAACAACAUCAAAGAAAUGUUCAACAAAUGCUCAAAGUAUCAAGUAGGAAGGCCAGAUGAUCUGCAGUCAGCAUUAGAGUCACCAACCUUGUUUCUUAUCAAGGAUGUUGAUGACCGGUUCGGUGAUGACAUGAUGGACUGUGAAUCAGAAAUGAUUUCCUGGUACAUGACAUCAACAAACAAUAAUUUAGAACUUAUUUGUGAACUUGACCCCUGUGUGCUGUCUUCUGCACUACUGACCCUAGCUUACCAUGGUACCAUCAACCCAAAAGACCUCCUCCCAACCUUGGAUAGUGUGCCUCUUUCUAACUCGACAUCUACAAACUCUCCAAGUAAGCUGCCAAAGCCCUCCCUCCAGAUGCGUGUGGGAGAUGUUACGAUACAUCGACAGGACCUCACCACCCUCUACCAAAACCAUUGGCUGAAUGACAAGGUCAUUCAUGCUUAUCUUAGCUAACUUCGGUCAGAGUACAAUGCUUCAAAUGAACGAGGGUGCUAUGUCCUACCUGUUUCCUAGCAACCAAGUGGGAAAAUGAUCAAUAUGAUGCAUGGCUCUAU